CGGUUGUGCACGGAGUUCGGGGGAUAUGGCGUUGUUCGGAAUUUGUUUAUGAUUUUAGCAUUUUUAUUCAUCACUUUUGAGUGAAAUUAUUCGACUGUUUCUUUAUUUUGAUGCCUGCGUUUAAUGGUCAUCCGAGGCGCUCCCGGCAGCUCCAAAUUUUGGCGGGAAGCAUGUACGGAAUUUCGCCUGAGCAACUCAAGGCUUUCAUUCAUGUGAAUGAAAAUGACGAAAAUACGGAUGAUAGUAACUUGGACAGAAAACCCUGUGUACUUAUUUUGGACUGUAGGUCGUUUGUGGCUUACAAUAGUGGACACAUCGUGGACUCUAUUAAUGUGCAUUGCCCAGCUAUUCUAAGGCGACGAUGUGGUGGACGUCUGCCAUUGAGGACAGUUAUCCCGAAUAGUAACGUGCGAACGUUACUAGCUAACAAUCAUUGUUUUCCUGUUAUUUUGUACGAGGACUACGGACAUAGCGUGAAAAGUAGUGACCGCGAUGAAUCUACGGCAGCUUUUGUUGCAAAAUGCUUGAGAACAGAAGCAGACUUAAAAACCAUCUAUUUCUUAGAAGGUGGUUACCAGAGCUGUCAGUCGUCUGUACCACCCGCCUUGGUGACGCAGGCGCCCCUGUCCGCCCCUUCUCCGGCCAGUUCGCCGUCCCCCAGUCCCCUGGGGCAGGCGCCCUUCCGGUCCCUGGAGUGUGGGGCCCUUGGCCCCGUCGAGAUCCUGCCCCACCUGUUCCUGGGCAGCGCCCGGGACGCGGCCAGGAAAGAGCAAUUGCAGCAGCUCGGCGUCACGGCCCUCCUCAAUGUGACGCAGUUCUGUCCGAAUCUCUUCCAGGAGGUCUUCGAGUACAAGUGCAUACCGGUGCGCGACACCGGUUGCGAAGACAUCGGUGCUUAUUUCCAGGAGGCAAUCAAUUUCAUCGAUCAAGUCAAAUCUCAGAAUGGCAAAGUGCUGGUCCACUGCCAGGCUGGGAUUAGCAGGUCUGCGACGAUCUGCAUUGCAUACCUCAUGGCAACGAGGCGCCUGCGUAUGGAGGAGGCCUACAAAUAUGUGAAAUCCCGCCGAAGGAUAGUCUCUCCGAAUUUCAGUUUUAUGGGACAAUUGCUGACUUUCGAGAACCAGAUUUUUUCUUCCGGUUCCCGCUACCAUUCCUCAUCCCCCUGCUCCCCGCUGCUCGCAGUCGAUGCUUCGACGCCCGAUCCCGAUUCGCUGACGCCGUCCCGAGGGGCUUCCAGUGUUUUCGAUUUCGUGACUGUGCCCCACUCCAUCAGUGACUCUGCUCUCGAAAUUUCGACUGCCGCGUCACCUGGCGGGGAAUUUGCCAGCAUGCCCACUUCGUUAUCCGAAUCUGUGCAGAAACUGACUCUUCCUCCAUGUGCGACGUAGCCGUCGGCAAACUUUUCAACUGCAAUUUCAUCUGGUCCAAUUUGUAUAUAGAAACUUUGUUCAUUUUUAUAUAGAAAAUGUUUUAUCGAUGUUAUUAUUUUUUUCUGUACAAUGUCUGCCAACUUCGGGAAGCUCGAAACUUCAGAAGCGGUUUACUCGUCAACUCGUCCUUCUUUAUGAAGCAUCGUGCAAAACUAUGAAAUUGAAAGAAUGUAAUAAUUUUAUUCUGAAUCAUAAACUGCCAUUUUGGAACUUCUCUGAAAACUUACAAAACCAGUAAGAGAAUAUUCGUUCAAUCUUCGAUAGUUUUAUUGUUGAGAGAGUCUAGAAAUCUUUCAUACCUUUUCAGUAGCUCGUUUUGGGGGUAAAAGUAAGGUAAAAUGUGAUUUUAAGUAAAGAAUACGAAGUGUUGAAUAUUAGUUGUUCAAGUUCAAAAUUUUUUUUAUUGAUAAUUACAUAACACUUGGUAAGAAAUGGACACUUGAACUGCACAAUAAGCAAAAUUUACGAAGUUCUGAAGUAAAAUGAAGAGUAGUUUCAAAUCAUUUCCCAAUGGUUUAAAUUUAUAAUUUGAAUUCCUUCCAGACAUUUAAAAGUUGCAACUAAUUGUAUGCUUCAGAAUAAAAGUUAUAAUCGCAAAGAUCAGGGAUAUGAAUGAAGUUUUCAAUUUCAUUGCCGAAGUUGGCAGAUAUGGUCGUACACAUAUAAUGUGGCAAAUCAACUUAUCUUGACUACGAGGCCUUGUUCUUGAAGAUCUGGCCUUGUGAUUUUGUAAAGACAAAAAUAACUUAUUUGCGAGUUAAAGAAUAAUUGUAUACUAUUAAGAUUUUUAUGAAACUUUCAUAUCAAAAAAAUUAUCAGGAGUUAUGGAUAGUUGCACCUAAAUGUUUUAACUGCAUCGUAUCUAGUCUUAGCAGAAGCUAGUCAAUACAUCAGGAAGCCAUGAAAGUUAACUCAGUCUGUCGGCAAUAAAAUUUAUGUGCCUUCACAGUUAAUGCAGAGAGCCUUAAAAUUCCAAACAAAUUAGUGUCAGUAGGAUUCUGGUUGAAGUCACUUUGUAAUGUUAGUGUAUGUUUGAUAACUAUGUAUAAUAACAUAACCUAAUGUGCAGUGUUGAAUGGAAGUUCCAUAUUCAAAGUUCUAAGUCACGUGACUUUGUAAUUAGUGUGAGCAGGAGCGUCGUCAUUUCCCAGUUUGGUGCAUUUGACAAUGCCCUGUCUGAAUUACUCCAGCCCUAUGUAUUGGACGUUGAAAUCGUUGUCUUUUUAGGAACGAGUCGAAAGAAUUUCAAACAAAGUAAAUUCUUUUAUAAAUCCAAACCUUCCAAAAGAGCGAGCUUCAUAUUGCUCAAAACUGUUGCAUAUGAAUUCAGCAUCCAAAUACUUUUAUUUGUCUCAUAACACAAACAGCAAUAGUUUUGUGGAGCUUCGUAUUUUGUAUUAUUGAAUAUAAAUAUUUUAUACAGAUGUGUAUUGUAAUAAGAAAAACUUUUGGUGUUUUAUAUCAUCACUCUAUAAAUUGCCAGGAAUUUGUAUUGAAUUUGAUACAUUUUUCUAUAAAUUGCUUUUAAAGUCUGACUACGAAAAGAUUCCAUUCUGUACUUAAUUUUCAGUUUCACUGGUAUGAAUGUUGCAUGUGUUUGUCAGUAUGUCUAGUCAAUACUGAGAGUAGCCAUUGCACUUGAUUACCUUACCAUCAAAAGGUCACAGUCUACUAAUAAAUGCUUUUUAAUUUAA